AUGUCAUACGCGUACCUGUUCAAGUACAUCAUCAUCGGCGACACUGGCGUCGGUAAGUCGUGUCUGUUGCUACAGUUCACGGACAAGCGCUUCCAGCCCGUUCAUGACCUCACGAUCGGCGUCGAGUUCGGCGCACGCAUGAUCAACAUCGAGAACAAGCAGAUUAAGCUUCAGAUCUGGGAUACGGCCGGACAAGAGUCGUUCCGCUCCAUUACGCGCUCGUACUAUCGUGGAGCUGCCGGCGCGCUGCUGGUGUAUGACAUCACCCGCCGAGAGACGUUUAACCAUCUGACGAGAUGGCUAGAGGAGGCCCGGCAGAACUCCAAUUCGAACAUGGCUAUCAUGCUGAUCGGCAACAAGAGCGACUUGGAGCACCGUCGCGCUGUGAGUUUCAAGGAAGGAGAACAAUUUGCUAAAGAGAAUGGCCUCAUCUUCCUCGAGACGUCAGCCAAGACUGCUGCCAAUGUGGAAGACGCCUUCGUCAAGACGGCAUCGAAGAUCUAUUCGAACAUCCAGUCGGGCGUUUGUGACGUCACCAACGAGGCACAUGGCAUCAAGGUGGGCAUGACGGGCUCACCUGGGCCCGGCGGCUUCGGCAACUCGAACCCUCCUGCUAGCCGAGGUUGCUGCUAA